UAUCAGGAGUCGGAGCAGGAAUCGGGUACCAUACCAUACCGGGAGGAGGUGCGAUAGCGGAACCAUGGCGACCUUUCCUUCCCCGUAUGCUGAAUUCCACAAUAUAUCUCCUCCUCUCCCUCUUGCUAUUAUCCCUUUGCCCCCGUCUCUUAUAACACCCCAUCUCCACUCGGAUUUGCUAUCCGCUUCAGCGGUUGUCUUAUCCAGCCUCCCCUAUUCCCCCUAUUGCUCUUCCGAUCCAAGCCCUAGCCGGCCCCUUCCUCCCAUCCGCCCUUGCCAUCGGCUCCACAAGGAGAUCGCCGUGCGAUGGAGAAGCGCUCCAUCGCCUCCGCUAGAGGCCGCCCCACUGCCGUCCGGUGGUUCAAACGAUGGGUUCCGCAGGAUGUGGUUGCUACAGGUGGGAAGUGCCACUUGUUGAAGUGGGUCACAGAGGGAAUGUUAAAAGCUCUGGAAGACAAGUCCAAGGAUUCAGUUGCUGAAGAGCAAAAACCUGAACCAAGAACAGAGACACUCUACCUCUGCACCUAUGAAGGUUGUGGGAAAGCUUUCAUCGAGUUUGGAGCUUUAAAGAAACAUACACACACUCAUGGAGAGAAGCAACAUGUUUGUCAAUACGAGGGAUGUGGGAAGAAAUUUGUAGACAGUUCAAAGUUGAAGAGGCACUAUCUGAUACAUACUGGUGAAAGACAGUUUGUUUGCCCACAUGAAGGCUGUGGUAAGGCCUUCUCAUUGGAUUUCAACUUGAAGUCACAUAUGAAAACACAUUCACUGGAGAACUAUCAUGUUUGUCCUUACCCGGAAUGUGGGAAGAAAUACACCCAUGAAAGCAAGUUAAAAUCUCACCUAAAGGCACACCAUGAAAAGGUUACUACAGUGGAAAUGGUGAAGCGCAAGCCAGCCUCGGAUAAGCCCCAUAAUACCUCUAAGUCUGCUGCUACUGCUUAUGUUUCUGCCUCUGCUGAGCGUCGUUUUGCUUGUCCAUAUGAAGGUUGUGGGAAAGCCUACAUCCAUGAAUAUAAACUGAACCUCCAUUUGAGAAAGGAGCAUCCUGGACACAAUCCAGUAGAAAAUCGCAAAUCUGCUCUUUCUAUCGACCAGACCAUUGAUGAACCUAGUAAUCAAGAUGCAUACACCACAAAGGGUGGUAUUGGCAAGAAUUCUAAAAGACGCAAACCCAAUCUGACACUGCUGAUGCCUCCUGCCAAACUUCCAAAACGAACAAGACCAAACUUGGUACCGCUGGAUACAAAGACUGUCAAGAAUCACAUGCAAACCAAAGAGAUGUACGAUCGAGGCAACAUCAAGACGGAUGGAUGGAGUCACCAUGAUAUGAACGACGAUGAUGAGAUGGAGGCUGUAAAGUGAUGUGUAUAUAUUCAAUACUUGGCUGGGUGGGCAGAUAGAUUUUAUCUUACUGGUAAGAAAGGAACUUCUGCUAGAAAGUUAAAUUUGUAUCGGGGAUUAAUUAGCCAUACCUAUUUGUUGCUGGAUCUACUUUUUGAUCGAUCCAGAAAUUCAAUUAUCAGUGUUAUUACAUGCAUUUAUAAUCAUAAUAAAGCUGAGAUAUGUCUUGAUAACAA